CGCCGAUGAAGCUGCCGGCGACCCCGCCGGCCCCCGCGGCGAUCAGCGGCAGGUGCGCGGGCUCGUUCAACGGCUCCCCGCCGCUGUCGCGCCGCACGCCGCUCGCGGGCUCCCGCUCUGGCGGCGGGGGGGCGUCGACCCCGCACACGCCGCAAAGCCCUGGGGACAGCUGGUCCGGGCUGUCCGUCUCCAGCAGCAGCCGCUCCCGCGGCGCCGCCCGCAGGGCGGCCGCGUGCUUGGGCACCCGCAAAAAGGAGCCGAGGAGGACUGCGCCGGCCGCGAGCCCGGAGCCCGAGGAAUGCCAGGAGCCGCCGACCGCCUAGGGCACUUAGCGAAACGGGGGGGGAAGGUCAUCAUGAUGAUGGUGAUGAUGAUGAGGACCGGCUCGGGCCUCUGGAGUACAGCAAGUGGCGCCGCACUCUGAGAGGCUGGAGCUCGCAACGGGCAAGCGUCACAUGCCAAUGCCUAACCGCGCAGCCGCGCGCAACGCCGACGGGCUCCCGCAAGUGGGCCCCAAACGAGCCCGAGCCGCGUCCGCUGCUCCCGUCCAACGCCACCUUUCCUCCUCAUCCACAUCCUUAAAAGGCCUGCGCGCCUCGCGGGUCGAAACUGUGCCCGCGCGUACGAUCGCGGAGCGAGGUGCACCCGAGGGGCUAUGGGCAGGAGGUGUCCUCGCGGCCCCUGCGGCUGGAGCGGUGCGCUCAGCGCGGGGAGGGCCGAAACGUCGUCAACCACGAUACAUUGAGGAGAACUCACUGCCAUCCUGCAGCAAAGCUGGAAAAAUUGCACGAGGCCGCGCUAACAAGCUGGUCGUUGAGGAACCGCGCGAAAGAUCCCUGCAUGUAAUCAUAGCAGUCAUGCGCGCAUUCAAACACUCGUCAGCGGAAGCGCAAAGUCCUCGAGGAAAGAGGGCCAAGUUAGAGCAUCUCUUGGCAAUGGCGUGCUGCAGGAGAGCCCCGGCCGCGGCGCGCCCAGCGGGGCGCGGGCGGGUGGGCGGCGGGCCGGGGCGUGAAACGGAACGCUGCAGGCACCAGCCCUGCGAGAGAAGAAACGUGUGGGUCGCCUCGCGCGGCGGGCGCGAGGCGAGCAUCGCCAGGGUCGGCGGGGGUCUGUGGCUUGCUGGCGGCGCGCGAGAGGUGGGCGGGGGAGACGGGGGCGGACCUCCCAACAAAACGGGCGGGCUUCUCAACCGAACGAAGCCCCAUUCCGAGCCUCGGUCGCGCCCACUUCGAGAAACGCUAGGGGAGGACCCGCGGAAAGGCGCAGUGAGCAUCGAGCCCCUGCCGAGAUCAGGGCGGGCCUCUUGCCUCAAAGUUUUCUGAAUACAAGGAGGCAAGUGAAGGGUGCGCUUCUUCGGAGGGACGC